AUGGCGGCGGCUGAAGAGAGCAAACCAGAGAGCAAGAAUGGAAGUAGUGAGUUAGAUCUUCGAGACACCUCGAUGCUUUCCUGCAACAAAGAUAUGGAGAUCAAUGAUGGAACCAAGCUUUCAGGCAAAAAAUCUGAAGAACCACCAACUGUCGUUGUCAGUUGGGAUGAAGAUGGUCAAAACCCAUAUAAUUGGUCUAUGGCCAAGAGAGUCUAUCAUACACUUCUCAUCGGGAUGUUUGGUCUGACCGUGACGUUCGCAUCAUCUGUAUACACGCCAGCGGUGCCGGAAAUAAUGCGAGUAUUCAAUGUUUCAGAGACGGCCGCUCUACUUCCUUUUUGUCUUUUCUUGCUCGGGCUAGGCUUCGGGCCUGUUCUUGCAGCACCCCUUAGCGAAAAGUUUGGUAGAACAUCAACAUAUAUGAUUUCACUUCCGAUAUUUGCUUUAUUUAUUGUUGGAGCAGGAGCUUCGCAGACUUUUGGGGGGCUAGUUGCAUGUCGCUUGCUUGCUGGUGUUUUUGGCAGCCCUCCACUUGUCGUUGGUGCAGGUACCAAUGCAGAUCUCUGGAAGCCAGAGUCUAGAGCUGUGACAGCUACACUCUUUGCGCUAUGUCCAUACUUGGGUCCCGCACUUGGACCAUUGAUCGGCGGGUUUGCAGUUCCAAGGAAGGGCUGGCGUUGGACAGAAUGGAUAAUUCUUUUCUUUGCCCUCGUUUCUCUUGUGGCCGCUCUUGGUAUGAAGGAAACUUACAAGAAAACUAUUUUGGAACGAAAUGCCAAAGGUGGUAAAGCAAAACCGAAGCUAUCUGGUAUGGUUGCUCUGAGAUUUAUGUUUUACAUCACCUUACUCCGGCCAUUGCAUAUGCUUUAUACAGAACCAAUUGUUAUCGCAUGGUCUUUUUAUAUUGGCUUCAAUUUUGCGGUUUUGUAUUCUUUUUUUGCUGCCUUCCCAUUCGUCUAUAGUACUGUCUAUGGAUUCGAUACGCAGCAAACUGGACUUACAUUCAUUCCAUUUGCUAUUGGCAGCAUUGGGGCUACUAUUACUGUAAUUUUAGUAGAUCGCCUCUGGUAUCAAAAAAAACAUGCUGCAAGAAACUCCAGAUGGAACGACGGCCUAGUACCGCCUGAAUAUCGCUUACACUCCGCAAUGCUCGGCGGCUUUGGAUUGCCGAUUGGAUUGUUCUGGUUUGCAUGGACUGCUAAAUCGGAAAUUCACUGGAUCAGUUCCGUAAUCGCAUCUACCUUCAUUGCAUGGGGAAAUCUAUGUGUAUUUAUGAGCGGAUUACUGUAUCUUCUCGACGUGUAUGAAGCAUUGAUGGGUGCUUCGGCAAUAGCAGCGACAUCGCUUCUAAGAUAUGUUCUUGCUGCGAUAUUUCCUUUGUUUAUCACACCAAUGUACUCCCACCUCCAUGUGGGAUGGGCUACAAGUAUUUUUGGGUUUAUUUCGGUGGCUCUGAUGCCAAUUCCCUGGGUUCUAUUGAAAUGGGGACCUUAUCUGCGUCAAAGAAGUAACAUUGCAAAGUCUUCGACGCCAGUAACCACUACAUGA